AUGAGAGCGAUUAGGAUAGUCACGAGUCAUGAGGACGGGGGCGACACCAAGAAAGCAACCACCCAGCGUCUUGUGCUGCUGACGAUGCCUGUGCCGAAAGAAACUCCAGGCACUGUGCUGGUUCAGAUCAAGGCAGUGGCCAUUAAUCCCUCGGACGCGGCGAAUUCACGGGGCUAUUUUCCCCACACAACAUUACCACGCACUCCGGGAAGAGAUUGGGCUGGGAUAGUUGUCAGCAAAGGCCAUAUUCUUACUGGUCAGAGGGUAUUUGGGACGAGUGGCCGCCAUAUGGGGUUCACUUUCGACGGCCCCAGCGCAGAGUAUUGCGCGAUACCAGAGGCCGGGCUUGUGCCUCUACCGCGCUCCAUAUCAUUCACUCAAGCUGCAACCCUAGGCGUCCCUUGGACAACUGCGUAUCUCAUGCUCAAGCGAGUCGCCGUGUCCAGUACUGAUGUCGUCCUCGUUGUGGGAUCAAGCGGUGCAGUUGGAUCAGCCGCUUGCCAACUGGCCAAAGCGCGAGGCUGUCGGAUAAUCACUGCGGCAAGACGGCAAUUUGCAGACAUCGACCUCUCAGAGGGCCCAGGUGCCUUCGGUAAUAUAUCCACAAUGACCAGUGGUCCUGGACCUGACGUUGUGCUUGACACUGUCGGCAGUCCGGAGCUCAUGGAUCUGGCCUUAAAGUCACUCCGCGUUGGAGGUCGUCUGGCAUACAUCUCGGCUCCAAAAUCCUACAAUGCGCAAUUCUCCUUUGACAUGAAAUCCCUUUAUCGCACGGAGAAAUCUAUAGUGGGCUGUAACAGCUUACAACACGACAUCAAGGAAAUGAACGAUAUCCUGCGAGAGUUAGCCCCUAGUUUCGGGUCAAGGGGAACGUACUCGAUGCCCGAUCCUGAUGAGAUAACAGCAGUAGGAAUGGAUCGUGCAUUAGAGAUGUAUGAGCAGACCUUCAUGAUAGGCGUGUGA